CCCCCCUCCCUCUGCAAGCCCCCCGACUCGCUCCGCAAAGGCAUGGAGAAGGGGACCAACUGCUUUCCGACCUGCCACACCAUUUUUCUCGCCUGGACAUGGUUCUUACUUCUCUCUUGGUGUUGCACCGGCGCCGAAAUAACUUGCAGAUCCUGCUCAUCUCCAUCGCCCUCCUGGCCGUCCUCCUCGUCUCGCUUUAGGCAGGAGCAGCGACAGCCGCCGCCGCCGCGAGGAUUACGGAGCUGGCCGGGCGGCCGGGCGCGGGGCUCGCUCGGGGCGGCGGCCGCCGCGGAGCCGGAGCCGGUGCCGGUGCCGGGCGCGGAGCCGGGGGGCCAAGCGGGGCCGCGGGGAGCGGCGCUCCGCUCGGCGGGGGCGGGAGGCGGCGCGCCCGGGGGCCGGGGCCCGGCGGCGCCGCGGACCCGCCGGAGCAGCGAGGGGCGCCGGGCGCUGCCGGCCGGAGGAGCCCGGGGGGUGCCCGCGGCCGAGGGGCAGCGCGGCGGCCGCGCUCAGCCCCGCGGGCCCCCGGAGGACGGGAGAGCGGCGUGGCCGCGAGGGGCCGAGGAGCCGAGGCUGAGCAGCACCACCUUCGCGCUCACCGGGGAUGCGGCGCACAACCAAGCCAUGGUGCACUGGUCCGGCCACAACAGCAGCGUGAUUCUCAUUCUGACAAAGCUCUACGACUUCAACUUGGGGAGUGUUACGGAGAGUUCACUGUGGAGGUCAACAGACUAUGGCACUACCUAUGAAAAGCUAAAUGACAAAGUAGGCCUGAAGACUGUGCUGAGCUACCUAUAUGUCAGUCCCACUAACAAGAGGAAGAUCAUGCUUCUUAGUGAUCCAGAGGUUGAGAGCAGCAUCCUUAUCAGCUCUGAUGAAGGGGCUACCUACCAGAAGUACCGUUUGAACUUCUAUAUCCAGAGCUUGCUCUUCCACCCCAAGCAGGAGGAGUGGAUCUUGGCCUACAGUCUGGAUCAAAAGCUGUACAGCUCCAUGGACUUUGGAAGAAAAUGGCAGCUCAUGCACGAGCGGGUCACACCAAACAGGUUUUACUGGUCAGUGACUGGUUUGGAUAGAGAAACUGACCUUGUGCACAUGGAAGCCCGGACAGCUGAUGGACACACCCACUAUCUGACCUGUCGGAUCCAGGAGUGCUCCGAGACCAAAAGGAGCGGGCCCUUUUCGCGCUCCAUCGAUGUCAGCUCCCUUGUUGUUCAGGAUGAAUACAUCUUCAUCCAGGUGACAACUGGUGGAAGAGCAACUUACUAUGUGUCAUACAGACGGGAGCCUUUUGCACAGAUUAAAUUACCCAAAUACUCCCUCCCUAAGGACAUGCAUAUUAUCAGCACAGAUGAGAAUCAGGUUUUUGCAGCUGUUCAAGAGUGGAAUCAGAAUGAUACCUAUAACCUGUACAUCUCGGAUACCCGAGGGGUCUACUUCACCCUGGCCUUGGAAAACGUGAAAAGCAGCCGAGGGCUGGAGGGGAAUAUCGUCAUUGACCUUUAUGAGGUAGCAGGCAUCAAAGGCAUAUUCCUGGCUAACAGGAAGGUAGAUGACCAGAUCAAGACUUUCAUCACCUACAACAAGGGCAGAGACUGGCGUUUGCUACAGGCGCCAGACACUGAUCUAAGAGGGGAUCCUGUACUUUGCCAGCUGCCCUUUUGCUCAUUGCACUUGCGCCUUCAACUCUCAGAGAAUCCCUAUACUUCUGGGAGCAUUUCCAGCAAAGAGACAGCUCCUGGGCUGCUGGUGGCAACAGGCAAUAUUGGCUCUGAACUUUCCUACACGGAUGUUGGCGUGUUCAUCUCUUCUGAUGGUGGCAAUUCCUGGAGACAGAUCUUUGAGGAGGAAUACAACGUUUGGUUUCUGGACUGGGGAGGAGCGCUAGUGGCCAUGAAACACACGUCAGUGCCCAUCCGGCACAUGUGGGUGAGUUUUGAUGAGGGAAGAUCCUGGACUAAAUACAGUUUCACAUCAACACCACUUUUUGUGGAUGGAUCCCUUGUAGACCCUGGCAUAGAGACCCAAAUAAUGACAGUUUUUGGGCACUUCAGUCUCCGUUCUGAGUGGCAGCUGGUCAAGGUGGAUUACAAGUCUCUCUUCAGCCGCAGGUGCACCAAGGAUGACUACCAAACCUGGCACCUGCACAAUCAGGGGGAGCCUUGUGUCAUGGGAGAGAGGAAGAUCUAUAAAAAACGCAAGCCUGGAGCCCAGUGUUCCCUAGGUCGGGACUAUUCCCAAACUGUGGUGUCUGAACCAUGUGUCUGUGGCCAAGGAGACUUUGAGUGUGACUAUGGAUAUGAGAGGCACAGCAACAACCAGUGCAUCCCAGCCUUCUGGUUCAGCCCGUCCUCCCUGUCCAAGGACUGCAACGCUGGUCAGAACUACUGGAACAGCACUGGGUACCGAAGGAUUGUGUCUAACAACUGCACAGAUGGCUUGAGGGAGAAGUACAUGGCCAAGAUGGAGAAAUGCCCUGGAAAAGCUCCUCAGGGAUUGCACAUCCUCACCUCUGAUGGGAAGCUGGUCAUGGAGCAGGGCCACAACGCCACCUUCAUCAUCCUUAUGGAAGAGGGUGAUCUCCAAAGGACAAACAUCCAGCUUGAUUUUGGAGAUGGCAUUGCGGUGUCCUACGCCAAUUUCAGCCCUGUGGAGGAUGGCAUCCGGCACGUGUAUAAGAGUGCUGGAAUCUUCCAGGUGACGGCGUAUGCAGAGAACAGCCUGGGCUCAGACACUGCUGUCCUGUUCCUGCAUGUGGUCUGUCCAGUGGAGCACGUCCAUCUGAGUGUCCCUUUUGUUGCCAUCAGAAAUAAGGAUGUCAACAUUACUGCAGUAGUUUGGCCCAGCCAGGCAGGCACACUUACCUACUUCUGGUGGUUUGGCAACAGCACCAAGCCUCUCAUCACCUUGGAGAACAGCAUCUCGUACAUGUUCACCGUGGAGGGCAUGAACACUAUCACCGUGCAGGUCGCUGCGGGCAAUACCCUCAUCCAGGACACCAAGGAGAUCGCAGUGCACGAGUAUUUCCAGUCUCAGCUCCUGUCAUUUUCUCCCAACUUGGACUACCAUAACCCUGACAUCCCUGAAUGGAGACAAGACGUUGGCAAAGUCAUCAAGAGAGCACUAGCACAGGUGACUGGUAUCCCUGAUGAACAGAUCCUGGUAGCAGUGUUCCCUGGGCUGCCUACCUCUGCUGAACUCUUCAUACUGCCCCACAAAAACACAACAGAGAGGAGGAAAAGCAGUGAGGCUGAUCUGGAGCAAGUGGUAGAAAUCCUUUUUAAUGCUCUCAACCAGAACCUGGUCCAGUUUGAACUGAAGCCUGGUGUUGAAGUGGUUGUGUAUGUUACUCAGUUAACAUUAGCACCCCUUGUGGAUUCCAGCUCAGGUCACAGCAGUUCAGCGAUGCUGAUGUUGUUGUCAGUGGUGUUUGUGGGCUUGGCUGUUUUUUUAAUCUACAAAUUCAAGAGGAAAAUCCCUUGGAUUAACAUCUAUGCCCAAGUUCAGCAUGACAAGGAGCAAGAAAUGAUUGGCUCUGUCAGCCAAAGUGAAAAUGCCCCCAAAAUCACCCUGAGUGAGUUCACAGACCCUGAGGAGCUGAUGGACAAAGAGCUGGACACACGAGUGAUGGGAAGCAUCUCAACAAUUGCCAACAGUGAAAGCACAAAGGAAAUCCCCAACUGCACUAGUGUUUAAUACUGAGAAUCCACUUGGUCUACAGCAUUUCUGACUUUUUAUUUGUAAUUAUUAUUGUUAUAAUUAUUAUUAUUAUGAAAAAAGAAAGAGUUA